GUGAUUUUGCAGCACACACUGACAGGGUAGCUCUUCCAUCUACCAGACGCUACCGUACGCUGCGCUUCGCCCUGAAAUCAGCAUUUGAUCGGUUCAAUGGGACUUUUGAAGUCAGCCUGUCUUUGCAUCAAUGUUGACCGGCCUCUCCGGGUGGGGCAAUCGGGAUCCGUCUUGAUUCUUCGCUAGGAUUCCCUCAGAAGAAGGAUGCAGAAUACUCCGGGCUGAUUCGCAGAAGUACAAUCUUGUCUUUACCGGUCUAUCCCAGUUGGCAUGUCUGGUGUAGAAGCUGGACUGCCCUCAGCUCACCCGCACUCUAUUUAGACCGGCCCAGUCCCCCUCCCCAGCUUUCCGCCUCACUUUCUCUUUGCCUCUCCUCAAGGUCUCUUCUCUCUUGCCUUUCUUCCAAGUCUCAAUCCUCGCCAGUAUAUACUCAAUUGAUCCAUCACAAUGGCUGCCGACAUCCCCAAGACUAUGAAGGCCCUCCUGUACGAUAAGCCCGAGGUGCACAAGAUCGCCGAGAUCCCGGUCCCAACGCUUCGCGAGAACGAUGUCUUGAUCAAGGUCAAGGCGUGCGGUGUCUGCGGUACCGAUCUCCACAUUCACGAGGGUGAAUUCAUUGCACAGUUCCCUCUGGUUCCAGGCCACGAGACUGUCGGUGUCGUUGCAGCAGUGGGUCCCAAGGUCAAGGGCUUCGAAAUCGGCGAUCGUGUCGUCGCCGACAAUUCUGAGCUCUGCGGCGAGUGUUUCUAUUGUCGUCGGGGCGAUGAGUUGUUCUGCGAGAAUUUUCAGGCCCACGGUGUCACCAUGAACGGGGGCUUCGCGGAGUACUGCGCCUACCCUGCUGGCAGGGUCUUCAAAAUCCAGAAUCUCUCUGACGUUGAUGCCACACUCCUCGAGCCUGCUUCAUGCGCGGCCCACGGUCUUGACAAGAUCGCUCCGAAGAUGGGCUCCCGUGUCCUUCUCUUCGGCGCCGGUCCCACCGGCCUGAUUCUCGCCCAACUACUCCGCCUGAACGGUGGAUGCCACGUCGUAGUCUGUGCUCCUGAGGGUCUCAAGAUGGAGCUCGCAAAAUCCCUCGGCGCUGGCGACGAGUAUAUCGGACUGUCGCGCCAGGACCCCAGUGCUCAGUUCAACAAGCUCAAGGCCGACAACCCCUACGGCUUCGAUAUUGUCGUCGAGGCCACCGGUAACGUCAAAAUCCUUGAAGACUCCAUCAACUAUGUGCGCCGCGGCGGUAAACUCGUCGUGUACGGCGUUUACGCCAACAAGGACCGCGUUUCGUGGCCCCCCAGCAAGAUCUUCGGCGACGAAAUCCAAAUCAUCGGCAGCUUCUCCGAAGUCUACAAAUUCCCCGCCGCCAUUGACUACCUCGACUCCGGCAAGGUCAAGGUUUCGGGCAUUGUCAACAAAGUGUAUAAAAUUGAGCAGUGGGAGGAGUGUCUUCAAUCAAUGCGAAAUAAGAGCGCCAUCAAGGCUGCUAUCGUUUUUGAAUAGACAAUAGACGGUGUGGGUUGGAAUGCAUGAGUGGACGCUUUGGGGACUAAAGGUUGGUAUAUGACACAAAUUUAGAAAGAACUUGGUCAUAGACAAUAUAUAGCGUUUUAGAAUGACAUCUAGAUUACUGCUUAU